AUGGGCAACAACGCCAGCGCUUUGGACGACAUGGUCAACUCUUCGAACUUCUCGGCCGAAGAGAUUCAGCGGCUGUACAAGAGGUUUUUGAAGAUGGACAGGGAUCGCAGCGGCAGCAUCGACAAGGAAGAGUUUUUGGCCAUCCCCCAGAUUUCAAGCAAUCCCCUGGCACAGCGUCUCCUGGCUGUGUUUGACGUGGACGGCUCCGGCGACAUUGACUUCAAAGAGUUCAUCACGGGCCUGAGUGUCUUUUCCGCCAAGGGCAACAAAGAAGAGAAGCUGAAGUUUGCCUUCAGGGUGUACGACAUGGAUCGCGACGGAUACAUCUCCAACGGCGAGCUUUACCUGGUACUCAAGAUGAUGGUUGGCAAUAACCUCAAGGAGCAGCAGCUGCAGCAAAUCGUAGACAAGACGAUCAUGCAGGCCGACACGGACGGGGACGGACGAGUAUCGUUUGAAGAGUUCAUCAAGAUGGUCGAGACCACCGACGUGGCCCGACAAAUGACGCUGGACAGCGAGAGAUUCUAA